AUAUAAGUAACAGCGUCUUAUGAUCUCUAUCUACGCAAAACAAACCUAAAGAAAGUCCAAAGAAAAAUAAAUAAUGAGUUACAAAAUCGCUAGAGCAUCGGAGUAUCUUGCCAUCACCGGUGGUGGAAUCAAAGACAUCAAGCUUGCCAAGUCUUCUUGGGUGCUUCCAUGGCAGUCUUGCACCGUCUUCGAUGUUUCUCCGGUCAACUACACGUUCGAAGUCCAGGCCAUGAGUUCCGAGAAGCUCCCUUUUGUUAUCCCCGCCGUUUUCACCAUCGGUCCACGUGUCGAUGACCCUCAUGCUCUCUUGCUGUACGCCAUGCUCAUGUCUCAACACGAUAAACACUCGAACCACGUCAACGAGCUUGUUCAGGGUGUUAUCGAAGGAGAGACUCGUGUUCUUGUUGCCUCCAUGACCAUGGAAGAAGUCUUCAAAGGAACAAAGGAGUUCAAGAAGGAAGUGUUUGAAAAGGUUCAGCUUGAGUUAAACCAGUUUGGUCUUGUGAUCUACAACGCUAAUGUUAAGCAGCUUGUUGAUGUCCCUGGACAUGAGUACUUCUCUUACUUGGGUCAGAAGACACAGAUGGAAGCAGCUAACCAAGCCAAGAUCGAUGUAGCAGAGGCAAAGAUGAAGGGAGAAGUGGGUGCCAAAGAAAGGACCGGGCUCACAAUUCAGAAUGCAGCAAAGAUUGACGCAGAGUCAAAGAUCAUCUCCACUCAGAGGAAAGGAGAAGGGACAAAGGAAGAGAUCAAGGUGAAGAGUGAGGUCCAAGUGUUUCAGAACGAGAAGGAGGCUCUUGUCGCUAAAGCUGACGCAGCACUUGCGAUUCAGAAGGCUGCUUUAACCAAAAGCUCUCGUGUGGCUGAGGUUGAAGCUGCCAAGGCAGUUGCUAUGAGAGAAGCUGAGCUUCAAACUCAAGUUGAGAAAAUGAAUGCGUUGACUCGAACAGAGAAGCUCAAAGCUGAGUUCCUCAGCAAAGCCACUGUUGAGUAUGAAACCAAGGUGCAAGAAGCAAACUGGGAGUUAUAUAACAAGCAAAAGAAAGCAGAAGCUGUUCUGUACGAAAAACAGAAGCAAGCGGAGGCGACGAAAGCUGCAGCUGAUGCUGCCUUCUAUGCUAAACAGAGAGAAGCAGAGGGAAUUGUCGCGAUGGCCAAUGCUCAAGGGACUUAUAUCAAGACCCUCCUAGGCGCUGUUAACAACGACUACUCAGCAAUGAGGGACUUCUUGAUGAUCAACAAUGGGGUUUAUCAGGAUAUCGCCAAGACCAAUGCUAUUGCCAUCAAGGACUUGCAGCCUAAGAUCAGUGUGUGGAACCAAGGUGGUGCCGAUCAGGGGAUGAGUGGUGGUGGUAUGAAGGAAAUUGCUGGACUCUACAAGAUGUUGCCACCGGUUCUUGAUACGGUUUAUGAGCAGACUGGGAUGCAGCCACCGGCUUGGAUUGGUACAAUGCGUGGUGCUGAGCCUAGCCGUUGAAAGUUCCAAGAGUGCUUUCUUUAUUUUAUUUUAUGCUUUUGGAGUAUAUUUUUUUAUAGUUUUAUGCUUGUGACUUGGAUAUCAAGUCAGUCGUUUGUAAAUAACCCCAAUUUCGUGACUGAGAAAUAUGGAUAAUUUCGCUUUAUUGAAAGUUUGCUUAAUUAUUUAUUUAUAAAA